ACAGGAUAACGUAGUUCCUGUCGGAUUCUGUUAGUUUUUACUAAAACGAGGACAAAACAAAAAAGCGCGGGAGCUGCUGUUAACCCCGGUUGGACAGGCAUUUGCACUCGUGUGCAGUUAGCUCCGAGUCCUUUAGUGUUAACAUUUAUUUUCUCGCAGAAUGACGUGCCGGAGAGGAGCGUUGAUAGUUCUGGAAGGCGUGGAUCGUGCAGGGAAAACCACACAGUGCAAGAAGCUUGUGGAGGCACUGCAGCAGUGCGGACAGCGGGCUGAGAUGCUCAGGUUCCCUGACAGGACCACAGAAAUUGGGCAGCUGAUAAACUCCUACUUGGAGAAAAAGAGCGACCUGGAAGACCACACCAUCCACCUUCUCUUCUCUGCAAACCGCUGGGAGCAAGUACCUCUGAUUAAAGAAAAACUGGAGCAGGGAGUGCAUCUCAUAGUGGACAGAUACGCAUUUUCAGGGGUGGCUUUCACAAGUGCCAAGCCGGGGUUCAGUCUGGACUGGUGUAAGUUCCCGGAUGUGGGUCUCCCGAAACCAGAUCUGGUUCUCUUCCUGCAGCUCAGCCCCACGGAGGCGGCGAGGCGCGGGCAGUUUGGCGCUGAGCGCUACGAGAACACCGACUUCCAGAAGGCAGUGCAGGAGUGCUUCCAGCAGCUCAUGAGUGACUGCAGCGUCAACUGGAAGGUGAUUGACGCAUGCAAGAGUGUAGAAGAUUUGCACAGGGAGAUCAAGUCUCACAGCGAAGCCGUCAUGGACACUGCCGUAUGCCAGCCUAUCGGAGAGCUGUGGAAAUAAGGCUAAGCCAAUCCCAGACCAGGAAAAUAAUUUACCUCUGUGUUCCAGGCACAUACAUUACAAAAACAGCAUUUUAAAGUUUCAAAAUCAUUUAGAUUACUUUCAGUAUCCUUCUAACUAAAAGGUCAUUUUACAGCUCCCAAGGUCUUUCAUUGAUCUUAAGAGUAGAGACUCUAAAUACAGCUGCUGCUGAGGUCAAGAAAGUGCAUGGAAUUCCCUUUAAGAGUAUGUCAGACCAGGUGGGAGGGAGGGAGGGCAGGCAUGGUUGCUUAAGCAGGUUUGCAUGGAGCUUGUACUGACAGCAAAGAAGUUCUUUCCCAGAGGACAUUUUUAGAUCAGCUGUACCAGUAUCAAUAAAAAAAAAAAGAUAACUGGAAUUUGUCGGAUACUGUCGCACUGCAGUGUUUCCCUGGAGCAGAGGGAUAUUGGUCUGUUUUAAAUGACUUUAUUAUAACCUUUGUCUGAUUCACUGUUCAGAUAGAAUGUGAUGUUUACAGGAUCUUAACUGCAAAUUUUGGAUCAUAUUCUGGGUAGAGGGAAAUGGGUGGGGGUGACUGAGUGGACUGUCAGAGUGGGGUUGUGGGAAGACUCCUAGAAAACAAAUACCGGUAAGUACAAGAUGUUUAGUAUGUGUACAGAAGCACAUACAGUAGGUAUUCACUGUGGUAUCUAUUAUGUUGGGACAUUCAUAUUGCUGUCGCUAUGCUUUUUUUAUGUUAUCGUUGGGUUUAAUUUUUUUUUACCUUCUAAACGCAGGUUUAAGUUUAUUGUAACCCCAUCGCUGUUUUCCUUUUUUUUCCAGGAUCAUUUGUGGCAACUCACCCAAUACUUUCCAGUUUUACUCUGAGGCCCAUUUUAAAAUGUCCAACAGUCCAUAUCCUCCAUGAAAUGUGUGUUCUACUUUUUAAUUGGAUCUGUAAAGAUUACUUACUUUUGUUAUAGCUAAUCUCUUGAGCUUGGACACAGAAAUAAUAUGAGAACUCACUGUUACAAUUUACCAGUUUAGAUAACUGAAAGAACAUGAAACUGUUGGGUGUAUCCUUAAACAUGUAAAGCAGAUACUGUUAUGUGAUCACAAGUAUGUUGGAAUUAACAUGUUAUUCUAAACCAGCUAGUGGUGAAUUAACUGGUACAGUAUUUUGAAAGUGAAUCCUUUAGUUGUAUGGGUUGAACAGCCAUCUGUGUCUUGGUUAUGGAAAAUGUUAUGCAAGGUUGUUGUUGAAUAGUCAUGACAAUGAAUGGAAGUUUUUGAAUAAAAAUGUAAACACUUUCUAAAAAAAAGUGAUUAAAAUAUAUGAUUGCUGUAGCUGA